AUGAGUAGCCGACAAAACUCAGCAAACGAACUUCCAAAGCUAGCACUUGAUCUUGCAGUUCGGGCCGCUAAUGAGGAAAAAAUAGGAAAUAAAGAAAAGGCUUUAGAAUUAUAUACAAAAGCUGCUGAAAUUUUCGUGAAGGCUAUUAAAGAAACAAAGAACGAAUCACUUAAACAGAACUUGAUCACUAGAGUAAAUGCAUUGUUUGAUAGAGCUGAAAAGUUAAAAGCAUCUUCGUACAAACUUACACAAAAAGAAAUUGACAUACUUAAACGUACAUCCUAUAUUAAUGGAAAAUCUUAUCUGCCAUGGUUAGAAGCAGAUUUAAAAGAGGAAUUUAAAGAUGAAGAACCAUUUUUAGAUCCGGACGGCACAUUAUCUUUAUCGGAUCAACAGAUGGCUAACUUUGGUGCAUGGAAGCGACCAUUUCAAAUUAUGUCCAAUCCGAAAAUGUUUGUUACAACAAUUUCCAGUUCUGCUAUAAAACAGGACAUUGUUACUGAUUGUUCGUUUGUCGCGUCUUUGUGCGUCUGUGCUAAAUAUGAGCGAAAAUUCAACAAAAAGUUAAUUACAAGAUGUAUCUUUCCACAAGGCGACGAUGGCCCUGUGUAUAACCCAAGCGGAAAAUACAUGAUUAAAUUAAUAUCUAAUGGCAUUGCGAGAAAAGUAAGCGUCAUUAAAUUUAUUGAUGACUUACUUCCAGUGUCUCGGGAUGAAACUCUAAUGUGUACCUUCUCUACAAACAAAGAUGAACUAUGGCCUAGCAUUAUUGAAAAGGCUAUGCUUUUUUUAUUACUUUAUUCUCAUGAAUACGCUUCAUAUAGUGAGGAUUUCAAUAAAAAGAACACAUGGAAACGAUUAUUGAAUGGUCAUGAACAUGGCGACGCCUUAGUAACGAUUACCACAGGCCACAUGACCGACGAUGAGGCAGAAGAUGUUGGUCUCGUUCCAACACAUACAUACGCAGUGUUAGAUGCCCGGAAGAUUAAUGGUUUGCAAUUAUUGCAGGUUAAAAAUCCUUGGAGUGUGAAGCGAUGGACAGGACCAUAUAGCCAUUUAGAUGCAAUUAAUUGGACGCCUGAACUAAUGUCAUUGUUAGAGUAUGAUCGAUUACAAGCAAUUCACAAUGAUGACGGAAUUUUUUGGAUUGAUUUUGAUUCUGUAUGUAAAAAUUUUUAUUUGAUACAUAUGAGCUGGAAUCCUGAACUCUUCAAAUAUCAUUAUACAUUACAUUCAUCGUGGCCUUUAGAUUCUUCAGUACUUAAGGAUAAAUUAAAUUUAGGAAAUAAUCCACAGUUCUGCUUAGAAAUAAAAAAUGAUACAAAGGAGGAUUCAGCAACCCGUAUUUUAUUAUCUAAACAUAUUAUGAAGACUGGGAAGAACAGAGAUUUUAUUACCCUUCAUUUAUAUAACGAUUCUGAUGGAAAAAAGGUUUAUUACCCAGAUGCUCCUUGGAAAAAGCUUCGUUUUAAUGCACCGCCUGGAAUAAGCCGAUACACAAUUGUGGUCGAUAAAAGUCAAGAGGUCGACAAAAAUCAAGAAAUGAAAUCCUUGGAGUUUACUUUAAAAUGUUAUUGCGAGUCACAACUCAAAUUAACAGAAAUUCAAACAAAUUAUCCAAUUGAGAAACAAGUAGUUGGUAAAUGGACUACUCACACUGCAGGAGGAAAUCCGAGUGAAAUCACAUAUUUAAACAAUCCACAAUAUCGCUUAUCCAUAACACCCCCAAGUUGUACCUCACCCACGGAUAAACUUCGGAUACAGCUUAUGCUAAAAGGACCGAAAAAGUAUGCAAUGCAUGUUAAAUUAGUCCGGGGUAAUGGUAGAAGAAUCACAAGCGUUUUGGCCAAAGAUAUUCUUAUUCAGUCUAUUGGUUAUCGUUAUGGGUUUUGCUAUUGUGAAAUGGAGGAUAUACGACCUGGCGAUUAUACUAUCGUCAUAUCAACACUUGAACCUGGUCUUGUUGGUGAUUACGUUUUAACCGUUGCGUCAAACGUUAAAUUUAAUCUGAAUUCAAUACCUCUUGAAGGCGCAGGCUUGUUCAGGAGAGAUAUUCAUGGUGAAUGGAUAAUGGGAGUAAAUGCAAUGGGUUGUGUUAAUAACACUGACUAUAAUAAAAAUCCAUGCUAUCACAUAAAAGUCAUGGAAAUGUCUACUAUAAAAAUUCGGCUUCAAGCUCCUGAUAUAAAACCAUCGCCAAUGCUUAGUGUUAAAAUAUAUGAAAAGCAUCCAACUAAACCUUUGGGCAAUGAAGUUGGAGAUUCAGGACCUUAUGCAAACUAUCCUCAAGGGGUUUGUACAGGUGAUGUUACAUUGCCACAUAAUAACGAAGGUAGAAUGUUUAAUUGUAUUGUAAAUGGUGUUUAA